AUGUCGACGGCUCGCUCUCCUGUCUCGGCACCCGUGUCGACGAGUCAACUGUUGGCACGUCGCCUACGCCGACCACUACGCCGCUGUGCUACGUGCUGCUACGAGAGGUCACCACCAACGGUCGUUACAACCAAGGUAGCCCCGGUCACGCCUACUGCGUUUGUCGCGGCCCCUGCGCCUGUCGCGGCCCCUGCGCCUGUCGCGGCCCCUGCGCCUGUCGCGGCCCCUGCGCCUGUCGCGGCCCCUGCGCCUGUCGCGGCCCCUGCGCCUGUCGCGGCCCCUGCGCCUGUCGCGGCCCCUGCGCCUGUCGCGGCCGCUGCGCCUGUCGCGGCCCCUGCGCCUGUCGCGGCCCCUGCGCCUUACAGGCCACCGUUGGCCUCCUGCCCGGCGGCACCGGCCCUGCGGCCGAGGCAUGCCGUGCCCGCGCCACGUCAAAACGGCGCCGCUACCGAUAUAGUGUUUAGGUGCAAUCUCGCCCGACAUAUAAACAUCGCGGAGCUGCAAGCCCUCUCCCGCAAGAUCAGGGAAGUUAUGAGCGACGCUCAAGCCGUUCUCGAACUAAUGUGUAAGAACAUCGACAUGUUCACAGCGUUGUCCGACUUUCCGUAUCGUAAAUAA